UGUUCAUAUGUCCCGGCGAGACGUUGCGGACUGAGCGUGUGUGUGUACAUAGAGGAUGGCUCAGUGCUCAGGUGCAGACAGCAGGCUCUGGGAACCAGUCAAUCAGGCAGCAGGACCAGUUAAUUUACCCAGACGACAGAGCAAUCUGCUGGGUUAGGGGCUGGAGCUUGAGCCCCUGCUUGGACCUCAAACCCUGGAGCUCUAGUGAUAUACCUGUAACUGUUUUUAUACAUUAUUCCUAAUCACGAGGACAAUUUCACCUGACUGUGGAUAAUAUACAGACAUUUGUUUUUGUAGUUGCUAUAAUUGGCAUUUGAUUUGCACUUUGAGCACUGAGAAGUGGAAGCAGCUGCCUUCACAGCGGUGGAGCUGGAGGAGUAUGUCCUGUCCCUGCCCUGCCCCAAACUGGACCUUUGCAUCUGCACAGUGUGGAUAGCUGCCGAGGGAGAUAAAGAACAAAAGAAAGAGGGAAAUCUUGAAAACAAGAAGAGGAAAAUCCUUCCUCUCACACACCUGUGAGGGCUCCUUCUCCGACAAAAGCACAGCCGAGGAUAUUGGAGGAACCAAAAGACAAUUAGGAGCUAAGAAGAAAAGGCUAAAGAGGAGACUUUGGGUCCACGUUCCAUCCCUCCAUUCAUCCCUCCUUUAACCGUUUCCCACCUGUGAGGAUUAAUUGGACUGGAGCAGCAUGGCGCAUGCCGCCUCGCAGCUGAAGAAAAGGGCGGAUGAGAACCUCACCGCGUUGGAGGAUGAGAAAGAGAAGAAGAAGGCAGCAAGGAAGCGUUCUCGUGAAUUGAAGAAAAAGACGGACGUCAACGCCAGUUAUCUGCGAUCAGCUCGGGCCGGGAACCUCGAGAAAGCUUUGGACUACCUGAAGAAUGGAGUGGACAUUAAUAUUUGCAAUCAGAAUGGUCUGAAUGCUCUCCAUCUGGCCUCGAAGGAGGGCCAUGUGGAAGUGGUGGCUGAGCUCAUCAAGCAGGGCGCCAACGUGGAUGCAUCCACCAAGAAAGGAAACACAGCCCUCCACAUAGCUUCCCUCGCUGGGCAGACAGACGUGGUGAAGGAACUUGUCACCCACAGCGCCAAUGUCAAUGCACAAUCUCAGAAUGGCUUCACUCCACUGUAUAUGGCGGCGCAGGAGAACCACAUGGAGGUGGUGCAGUACUUAUUGGACCACGGCUCCAGUCAGAGCAUCGCCACUGAGGAUGGUUUCACUCCCCUGGCGGUGGCAUUGCAGCAGGGCCACGACCAGGUGGUUUCCCUUCUGCUGGAAAACGACACCAAGGGGAAGGUCCGCCUGCCUGCGCUGCACAUCGCCGCACGGAAAGACGACACAAAGGCCGCCGCGCUCCUCCUCCAGAACGACCACAACGCUGACGUGGAGUCCAAGAUGAUGGUGAAUAGAACAACAGAGAGUGGUUUCACUCCUCUCCAUAUUGCGGCUCACUACGGCAAUAUCAACGUAGCAACACUCCUGCUUAACAGAGGGGCAGCUGUGGACUUCAAGGCGAGGAAUGACAUAACACCGCUGCACGUAGCAUCCAAACGUGGGAAUGGCAACAUGGUGCGACUGCUGCUGGAGAGAGGGGCCAAGAUAGACGCACGGACCAAGGACGGUCUGACUCCUCUGCACUGCGGAGCCAGGAGUGGUCAUGAGCAGGUGGUGGAGAUGCUGCUGGACAGAGGAGCACCGAUACUAUCAAAGACAAAGAAUCUCACACCGGCUCAUGCCUAG